UGCCUGCAGUAGUCUGUAGGGCGCACACGCUGAUUGGUCAGAUUGAUUACAGGUGAUCGCUGUCGGCGCUCGAUUACAACUGACUGAAUCUAUGCUCGGCUUGUGAUUAGUCCGGGCUUGUUGUUGAUUUCCCCCUCCGGUAGGCCGCGGAUGACAGGCGGUAAAGAUGGAGGACACCGGGGACGGGAUGAGCGGCGGCACGUGCUGGUGUCUGCGGAGACUGGGAUCAAGCCGGGACAUAUUACUACUGCCUGAGGGGGAGGAGGUGACCUUGGGCAGAGCGUUCACCACGUACCAGCUGCAGUCCACCCUGUGCCCCCUCAUGGUCUCCCGAGUGCACUGCAUCUUCAAGCAGAACGCAGAGGGUCAGUGGACCAUCACCGACAACAACAGCCUCAAUGGCGUUUUCCUCAAUAAACAGAAGCUGGAGCCUCAGAAGCCGUACGUCGUGACCAAAGGGAGCUGCGUCCAGGUGGGGGUGGCUCUACCCAACACAGAACAGGUCGAGUUUGAAUAUGAACUGGUUCAGGAAAAUCUAGAACAGAUCCGACCGCAUUUGACUCCACAGUCGGGGAAGAGAAAGUCGACCAGAACCAAACGUAAGCUGAACUGUGAGGACUCUGAGGCCUCUGGGACGGAGGGCACCUCCGGCACCUCCAGGGCCAAAAUCCACCGGGUCUCAAAAGACUGCAGAGAGCCAACCAGGUCCCAUAAGACUGAGGUGGCUAGGCAGCCCACAGUGAAAGUGGAGGCUGUGGUGGAUCUGGAGAGCUCCGUGGACGCUGAUAUGAUGGCCCCCUCUCAAACACCGUCUCAGAGCAAUUUCCAUUUGACCAAAAUGAGACAGUCUAUUGUAGAACUUAGGGACCUAAAUGCUCAGGUCCAAGAGAAGCUGAAGAUCCCUGAGCAGAGCGGCUCUACGGGCAGCAGACAGCCAGCGUCCACACAGCAGCAGCUCCAGGACCUUCAGAAGGAGCUGUGCAGUAAACAUGAGGAGCAUCUCCAGAGGGUCAGUGAGCUGAAGAAGGUCUUCCAGGAGGAGCAAGGAAGCACGGGGAAACCAUCGCAGACAGAAGAGGAGCAUCUGGGGGAGCAGCUGGCGCAGGCGCUGAAAGAGCACUCGCUGCUCAUGGAAGAUCUGAACCGCAGUCGCCGGGAUUUUGAACAAAUAAUUCAAGCAAAAAAUAAAGAGCUACAGGAAACCAAGGAGGAGAAGGAGAAGGUGGCCGCGCAGAAGGAGGAGGUCUCCAACCACAUGAACGACGUCCUGGACAAUGAGCUGCAGUGCAUCAUCUGCUCCGAGCACUUCAUCGAGGCCGUGACCCUGAACUGCGCCCACAGCUUCUGCUGCUUCUGCAUCGAGUCAUGGAGAAAGAGAAAAGAAGAAUGUCCCAUCUGCCGGCAGGAGAUAAAGACCCAGACCCGAUCCCUCGUCCUGGACAAUUGUAUUAACCGCAUGGUGGACAAACUGAGCCCCGAAAUGCAGGACCGCCGCCUGGCUCUCAUACUAGAGCGCAAAGAUCAGGCAGCAGAGACGCUCCUCCGCUCCAUCCCGGUCUCCUCUGACAGCGAGGGCAGCCCCCUACCCUCUGACAUCAUCCUCUCCAGCAGCGAGGAAGCCGAUGACCUGCUGCAGGAGGACAUCUUGUGGGACAGCGAAGACUCGCACUACUCCUUCUCGGACGAGGACAUCGAGGAUCAGGGGGAUCUCUUCUCCGACGACGACGAUGAUGACGACGACGACUUUUUCUUCAUGAUGUGAUCCGUCCUCCUGGUCAGGGCCGCCGACGUCUCUGCCAGGAGGAGCAUUAAAGUCUUGCCGCCGUUCGCUGGACUCCAUGACAGUUGGUUGAUUUGGUGGCGGCGUGCCCUGUGGUGGGAGGUUGUAUUAUGUUCUGUACAGGAUCGGGGUUCUGUUACAUGAAGAGCACCGUUGUUCAGUAGGAUUUGUGGGGUCUUGAGUCACCCCGUCAGUAACCCCCCGCCCCCCCUCAGUCAUCCAUGGGAAACUUUAGAUGCGAGCCACAGCGGAGGAGGCUCUGAUGUCACCAAGAAACUGCUGAAUGUGACUGACAAUUGCCUCGUCUUCUGUACCAGUAAACUAGGGGGGCGGGGGAGGGGGACAGAAAUUAAGAUGGGGCGCCGGUCAUUGAUUUACACCGUCCGAAAGCUCCUGGAGAUGUCCAGCAUAUCGUCUACUCUGCCAUGCUCCCAUCUGCUCACGUCUUCAGGGCAUAGAGUUAGUCUCCGCUAUGCUUUACACUGCAGCUCUGUCCCACCAUCUGAUGGACAUCCCCAUCGUUCAUCCUCAGCUUGCCAACCACAGUUUUCAAAAACCAAACCUAAACCUUGUUUUCUCAGGGUGUGGGUGCUGGUUUUAUUGGUGGGGGGGGUGAGCGGCUCCAGUUGGAACCCCCCGUCCCCCCCUCCCCUUUUUUUUUUUUUCUAAUAGAAUAGAGCACUUGCCCUUUAAGCCGUUGGCUGUACAAUGUGCCGGAUGUCGCGCUGGGCUCUCCCAUCAUCCUCUGUUAUUCGGUCAGUAAUCGCAGCUCCGCGCCCUUGUCAUGUCACCUCGGGCCCCUGCAUCACUCGGCCUGUUCUACUGGUUCUGUGAUUAACCCCGACUGUGCUGAACACCUGUGAAACGUUGCACUAAGAAUUCCUUGUACUUUGGGAGACGUUUUACAAUGUGCUUUAUAGACCACCGUUCAGGUGAGCGGACCGUGCGCGCGCGGCCGCCCUGCGUUCAUUUCUUGUGCUCCCAUAGAAAUGGAGGACGGCUGCGCAUGCGCGAUGCACUCUCCCACCUCUAUUUUUUUUUUACAUAUAUAUAUAUUCGCAGUAUGCUCUCGCUGUGCCAUUUUUUUUAUUGUUUUCAGAUGUUUCCUGUCGAUUGACUAAAAUGAGUGACUAAAAAAAAACACGUGAAAAAAAUUAAAAAAUAAGUCAGAA